GCGCCCCGCGCCCAGACGCCCGCUGCCCCGACCUUCGCGCGCCCACUCGCGGCCGGGAGGCUGCGUGACCCGAGCCCGAGGCCGCCGGGGAGCCGGGGAGCCGGACUGGAGGCGCGCCCGCGCCGGGAGGAUGACCCCAUGACUGAGAAUGUACUUUCCUUGCUUGUGGAGUCAGUGACCUGUCAGAAGCCAAUGGUGACUUCAGGGUGGAAUGACCAAUACUCAAGUUGCUGUCAUGACUUUUCUUGAAAAAUACUGAUGUCAGGACAUCUGUUAACGUUUGUGUUGGACACAAUAGAGUUCAGCAAUUUCAGAUUUUCCCAAGACUUCUGGAACUGAACGAACCAUUAGGGUUGAAAAUCUGCUGCCUCAUGUGGAUAACAGUUACAUAACAAUUUUUUGAAAACCCCACAAAUGGAAGAGAAAGGGUAACCGAUGUGCAGCUUUUCCCAGAAGAGAGGUCAUCCCUGGUUGAGUUUUCUAACUACAAAGAAAAAAUAUCACCUCUCCAAUAAUAUAAUGAAUGUUAAUGGGAAAAUCAGAUUACUUGUACAAACCUUCACUGCAAAGUAAACAUUAUUGGGAUAGAUCUAUUCCAUUAGUGGUGGACACCUACUUGGCCAAAGAGCUUGUCUUCAAUGAAAGGCCCAUCUCUGUGUUUCCAUAUUAUGUGACUUUGGGCCUAGCCUUGCACAGAAAGGAGAAGCCCCUGAGAAAGUUGGCUGCACCAUUUCUAGUGGCUCUGGAUCCUCUCAUAUGGAAGAUCUUGCAGAAGAAGCAUCACCUGAUUGGAAUGAUAAAUUACAAAAGGGAAAGUGUCACUGUGAGUCAAGAGACCAAGUCAGCUGGAUGAAUUGUCUUUCAAACAGAAAUGUGAUAACCUCAACCCAAACCAAAGAAGGUCUAAACCUCGUGUUGAUAAGUGGAGAUGUUAUUUGUUUCCAGGCCGAUGUCAUUGUCAACACCGUUCCCAUGAAUCUUCAACUUGGAGGCGGACAAUUAUCUCAGGCUCUUCUGCAGAAAGCUGGCCCAGAGCUCCAGAAAGAGUUAUAUGCCACCAGGCAGGGAACAGAGGAGGAAGUAGGUAGCAUAUUCAUGACAAGUGGCUGCAAUCUGAACUGCAAAGCCGUUCUCCAUGUCGUGGCACCACACUGGGAUAAUGGAGCAGGGUCUUCUCAGCAGAUCAUGGCAAAUAUAAUCAAGAAAUGUUUGACAACUGUAGAGGAGUUCUCUUUUUCAUCAAUCACAUUUCCCAUGAUUGGAACAGGAAGUUUGAGGUUUCCCAAAGCUAUUUUUGCCGAACUAAUCCUUUCGGAAGUUUUCAGAUUUAGUAGCAGUCUAUGGCAGAAAAGCUUACAAGAAGUUCACUUUCUGGUAUAUCCAGGUGAUGACGAAACCCUUCAGGCAUUUUUAGAUAAGUUCACUACAUGGUCAAGUGUUAAUCCCAAUGAGGACAAGAAUCUCAUGGCUGGAGGUAGCCAAGGUAUGUUCACGAUGGUCUCCAGCCCUGGGUUCGCGACAUAUGAAAUGAAAAUUGGUGCAGUUACUUUCCAGAUUGCUACUGGAGAUAUUACCAAAGAAAAGGCAGACGUGAUUGUAAACUCAACCACAAGGACAUUUAAUCUGAAAUCAGGGGUAUCUAAAGCAGUUUUAGAAGGUGCUGGACCGGCUGUGGAAAAUGAAUGCGCUGUACGAGCUGCACAGCCUCACGGAGAGUUUAUAAUUACACAAGGUGGCUACUUAAUGUGCAAGAUAAUCAUUCAUGUUCUUGGGGACAAUGAUGUCAGGAAAACUGUCUCCGCUGUCCUAGAAGAAUGUGAGCAGAGGAAGUACACGUCUGUUGCCCUUCCAGCCAUCGGAACAGGCAGUGCUGGAAAAAACCCAACCAUCGUCGCUGAUGACAUGAUCAGUGCUGUUGUAGACUUCUCAUGGAAACACUCCUCCCCAUCAUUAAAAAAAGUUAAAGUUGUCGUCUUUCUAUCUGAUUUGCUAAAUGUAUUCCAUGACAACAUGAAAAAGAGAGAAAAUUCUACAUCACCUUUCUUUCAAUCCACAUGCUUCGAGAGUGCACUUUUAGGAUUCAACAGACAGCCUCCUAUAAUAUGUGGGAGAAGUACAGGAACUAUGCAGCCCAGGCUCCCGUCCACCGAUUAUUCUUCUGAAAGGCAAAAUCACUCCUGGGAAACAGGAAUUGCGAAGGAACAAGAAGAGAAUAGAAAUAAUAUUCCUGAACACUGGACCAACAUGAAUCAGCAGCUGUCUUGUGUGAUUGAGCUACAUCCUGGACAAUCAGAAUAUGAUUCCGUAAGGGCCUUGUUCUCUGAGACCUGUUUCUUCUACAAAAUAGAGAAGAUUGAGAGGAUACAGAAUGUGUGCCUCUGGCAGAGCUACCAGAUAAAGAAAAAGCACAUGGACAUCAAGAAUGGCUAUAGAGAUAAUGAGAGAGUCCUGUUCCAUGGGACAGAUGCAGACUCGGUGCCGUAUGUCAAUCAGCAUGGCUUUAACCGCAGUUAUGCUGGGAAGAAUGCUGCAGCUUAUGGAAAAGGAACCUAUUUUGCUGUUGAUGCCAGAUAUUCUGCAAAUGAUAUAUAUUCCAGACCAGACAGCAAUGGGAGAAAACAUAUUUAUGUUGUACGAGUACUUACGGGAGUCUACACACUGGGACAUGCAGGAUUAGUUACCCCUCCAUCAAAGAACCCUCACAAUCCCACAGAUCUGUUUGACUCUGUCACAAACGAUACACAACAUCCAAACCUGUUUGUGGUAUUCUCUGAUAAUCAAGCUUACCCAGAAUAUCUCAUAACUUUCAGGUCUUAAAAAAUAGGGUUUUUUUUUCAAUCUCAAAGAGACGAUUUAGUUGUCUAUUUAUGAGAACAAUUUAUAGAGUUUUUGUCUUUGCCUUUGGCUUGUUUAGUAGAUAAAAAUCUGUUAGACCCCAAAAUGCUGAAAACAGCCUUUUGAAGAUGCUCUAUUGCCAUUUGUAGCAUACGUCUUUUCUCAGCAUAUUGAUGAGUAGAAGUUAAGAAAUGUAGAUGACAUAAUUAUAGCUACAACUAUUUACAGACACCAAAUCUGUAGGAGAACAAAAAACACAUUGCUUUUUUCUAGCAGAGAAGAAAUAAGAUGAAUCACUUUAAAACCAAGAUGUCAUUGUUCUUACAGAACAUGUUAAGACAUCAAACUGUGUUGAGCUCAACUGUACUGUUAAAUAACGAGGCUGCUAUUGUGCAUCUGUAACAGCUGGGAAUUUUGCUUCCUGAAGAAAUACUUAUUAGCUAUAGCUCAGCUUGAAUGACUGAAUCAAAAGGUAUCACCUCAAAUCUGUUGUGAAAUAAAUCAGGAAAAAAUGUGUUGUGUCACUGUCUAAUGCUACAUAACAAAUUCCUACAAAAUUGAGUGGCUUUGUGGGUAAGGAAUUCAGGCAUGGCUUAGUUGGUCAUUCGGAUUUAGGGUCUCUCUCAUGAAGUUGAGUAAAGGUGGUGGCAGGGGAUGCGGUCUUCUGAAGGCUUGACUGAGGCUGGGAGAUCUGCUUCCAAGGUGGAUCACUCAAAUAGCUAAAAAGUUUUUGCUGGUUGGCAGGAGUCCUCAGUUUUCCCUCCACAUGAUCCUCUCUAGGCUGCCUGUGUCGCUCAUGACAUGGCAGCUGGCUUACCCCACAGUCAGCAGUUCAGGAGGGCGAGAGGCAGAAGCCUGAUGUCUUUUAUGACCUAGCCUCUGGAGUCAGACUCCACCUCUUCUACAGUAUCCUGUUGGUUCCAUGGGUCAGCUCCUCCAGUGUAAGUGCAAAUUGCGGAAGGGCAUGGACACCAGUAGAUGGCAAACAUUGGGGACCAUCUUAGAGGCCAUAAAAUGAGGGAAUGACUGAUACAUUGAUAAAAUGUUACAAGCAAGUGGAAAGGACUCUAGAUGUCAUCUAAGCCCACUGUCCCCUCGUCUUUCUCCUCUACCCUCCCCCUCUCCCAGGCAAAAAGCCCUUGAGCCUCCCCUCGACCGUUUCCAACACUCCACAUCUUAAGGAUAACUUAUUCCAUCAUGAGCUCUAACUGUUGGAAAACUCUUGUUUACGCUGAGUGGAAAUCUGUUCUUCUGCGUCUAUUGCCUGCUGAUCACUGUCCCACCUCCUGGAGGACGCAGAGCAAACUCAUUCCUUUUACAGAUGGUCACUCUUCAGAUUCCUCUCUUACCUCUUUGAUGUUAGAGUUAGGUAAAUUCUUGAAAUACUUAGCAGCUUAUUUAUCCUGAUGUAUCACUUAUCAAGAGUUAAAGAUAUCGAAGUGUUUACAUAAUCUUAGAUAAGCACAUGCACACUAAAAAGAGUACAGGAAAGUUUAAAACUGUCACCAUACUGUAUCACUCAUAAUUGCGACAUUCAGAGGAAACCACUGCCAAGUUCUUAAACACUGCCUUCUCCUUCCUACAUCCAUCUUCAAUGAAGUCAAAGUCGUGCUUUAUUCAAUUACUUAAUUAUACAAUAUUGUUGGGGAUCCCUGGGUGGCUCAGCGGUUUAGCGCCUACCUUCGGCCCAGAGCAUGAUCCUAGAGACCCAGGAUCGAGUCCCACGUCGGGCUCCCUGCAUGGAGCCUGCUUCUCCCUCUGCCUGUGUCUCUGCCUCUCUCUCUGUCUCUCAUGAACAACAACAAAAAUUAUACAAUGUUGUAUCUGCCUUUUUUCAUUUAACAUUGUGUUACCCUCAUGUUAUUAAUUUCUUCUGUAAACAUAAAUCGUAAUGGGCCAGUUUUUCCACUAUAUAUUUUCCUUUUAUGUGUCUAUAAUCAUAAAGUUUUAAAAAAUGUCAUCAUCUUUCCUUAUAGAUUAAUAAUCCAAUUUCCUUCUGUAAUAUAUCUGUAUUAUUUCCCCCAUGUUGUUAAAUAUCUAGCGUACCUUUUGUUGGUUGCAUAGUAUUUCAUUGUAUGUCUCUACAUAAAUGUUAUGUCAAAAUUGGGUGCCGUAUAUUUCUAGAUAAAUAAAUGGUUGGAUUAUGAGAUGCAAAGAC